UCAUAUUCGUCCUCUUACGGUCAGUGUGUGUGUUCACAGCUGAUAACUGCAUGACUGGGGCCCGCCCUGCAACUUGUGGGGGGAACACCUGUAUGAGGAGUGGAAUUUACGUGUGCGCCGUGUGGGUAUUUUACGGUAAAGCUAGAUGAUCCCGCCCUCUCUUUGAUAGAAAAACUCGGUGAUGUCGCUUCGUCUUUAACGAGCUUGACCCAGAAGCCAGGGAAGGAGGGGGAAAAAAGAGGGGUGAAAACACACUAAAAAAACGGAAUAGUCCGAGGCUGGCUUUCCACGAACAGUCCAAUCCUCCUGUUUCUGGGCUCGGUGGUUCGGUGACCUUCUACCCAUGAGCAACUAGAGCUCAACCUCUGACCUUGGCGUGAUCUCUCACCUCUUCUAACAAACCACGCCCGCAGGUGAAGUGUGUAUGGAGCAGUGUGAGAGCGCAGCGGCUCUGCUGGAGUCGGUCAGGGAGCAGGAGGUGCAGUUUGAACAGCUGACCCGGGCGCUGGAGGAUGAGAGGAGGAGAGUGGGCCUCCCCGCCACCAGCCCCUCGGCGCUGGGUCGCCCCCUCCCUCACACACAGAACGGGCGUUUAGGGGAUGCAGACAUAGAGCGACUGAAACUAAUUGACUCAUAUAUUAACGGCUCACAGUACAGGAUGGUGGACCCUGCACACGGCGCUCUAGAUGAGAGCUACACACCGGAGGACGAAUCACAGGAAGUACACUCAGUCUUUUCUGAAGAAGGAACCACACGACGGUCAGACAAUGGGAUGAAGAAACCAAUCUCACGCACAGUCCUACCUUCUGACUCAAUGUCUAUUGAUGGGGGCUUAUCAGUGUCGGGUAUGGGUGGCUACAGUGCCACACUGGACCGUCCUUACAGGCAGGUCGGAGGCGGAGACUACCCCACCGCCACAGUACCCAGAAACUACCACUACGCUCCUGUAAUGGCUUAUAAUGACUACCGGGGAGAUGCGCCGUCUGAGGCGUACACAAGCCUGAGCAGGGGCUCACACAUGGACGACCGCUACAGACCGGUUGAUGGCUACAGGACUUUGGAUUCUGGCUACCGGGCACCAAGCCGUCAGCAGCUUGACCCCUAUGCAGCACAGCCCCAGGUGGGCCGUGGAAUGAGAGCCAUGGGCUCCGCGAUGGAGAUGCGGUAUGGCCAUGGCCACUAUGGGCUUGAGGAUGACCAAAGGAGUGUGGGAUAUGAUGACUACGGCAUGGGGCCUCCACCCAUGCACCCUGGAGGUUACGGCACUAUGCCACGCCUGGGACCUGGACCCGGUGGUACUAUAGACAGACGAAGACUCAGGAGCUGUGAAGAUACUUUGGACGGUGAUAUGGGAGGAGGUGAUCCGUAUGCCUGGGGUGUUCCCAUGACGAUGGAGAGAGGAAGUAUGGCUUCAUUGGACAGCACGCUCAGGAAGGGUCCUCCUUCUUCAUGGAGACAGCCAGAGCUGCCAGAGGUGAUCGCCAUGUUGAACUACCGUCUGGACCCUGUCAAGACCAACGCUGCUGCUUUCCUCCAGCAUCUUACAUUCAAAAAUGAUAAGGUUAAGUCAGAGGUGCGUCGUCUGAAGGGAAUCCCAGCCUUGGUGUCACUGCUCGACCACCCCAGCAAGGAUGUGCACCACUCAGCCUGCGGAGCACUUAAGAACAUUUCAUACGGACGAGACCAAGACAACAAGAUCGCCAUCAAGAACUGCGAUGGAGUGCCAGCUCUGGUCCGGUUACUGAGGAAGACCCGUGACCAGGACCUCACAGACACCAUCACAGGCACCUUAUGGAACCUCUCAUCCCACGACUCUGUAAAGAUGGAGAUUGUGGACCACGCCCUGCACGCCCUAGCUGAUGAGGUGGUAGUACCCCACUCGGGCUGGGAGCGAGGGAGCAAUGGAGGAGAGGAGAGCUGCAAACCCCGUCAUCUGGAAUGGGAGACCGCUUUGACCAACACUGCUGGCUGCCUUAGGAAUGUGAGUUCAGAACGUAGCGAAGCCAGGCGAAAGCUGAGGGAGUGCACCGGAUUGGUGGAUUCGCUCAUGUAUGUCGUACAAUCACAGAUCAACCGCAAAGAUGUGGAUAAUAAGUUGGUGGAGAACUGCGUCUGCCUCUUGAGGAAUUUAUCCUAUCAGGUUCACCGUGAAGUCCCCAGCUGUGAGCGCUACGCAGAGUCCGCACCCGUCAACCAGGGACCCGCGCCUGGUGCUAACAAAGGUGGCUGCUUUGGCUCUCGAAAGGGCAAAGACGAGUGGUUUUCCAAAGGAAAGAAGGACGGAGAUGACGGAAGUGGAGACCAAGUUGACAUUCCAAAGAGGACAACACCUGCCAAAGGUUACGAGCUGUUGUUCCAGCCGGAGGUGGUUCGUGUUUACACAUCGCUGCUCAGAGAGAGCAAGAACCCGUCAGUGCUGGAGGCUGCUGCCGGUGCCGUCCAGAACCUGUGUGCAGGCCGAUGGACUUAUGGUCGGUAUAUUCGGGCCACGGUGCGUCUUGAGAAGGGUCUUCCCAUGAUGGCAGAGCUACUGGCUCACGGCAAUGACCGCGUGGUUCGGGCAAUGUCUGGAGCCUUGAGGAACCUGGCCAUCGACAACCGUAACUGUGAACUGCUCGGUUUGCAUGCAGUGCCUCACCUUGUGGCCAACCUCCCUGGAGGCCAGAGCCAGUCUGGACGCACUCUAUCAGAGGAGACGGUGGUGUCUGUACUGAGCACGCUCGCUGAGGUGCUAGGCAACAGUCUGGAGGCAGCAAAGACCCUUAGAGCCUCACAGGGCAUCGAGAGGCUGGUGCUUAUUAAUAAAGACGGUAAGCGCUCCGAUCGUGAGGUGCGGGGGGCCGGCCAGGUGCUGCAGCUUGUCUGGGCCCACAAGGAACUACGUCGACCUCUGGAAAAAGACGGCUGGAAGAAGACGGACUUCAUGGUCAACCUCAACCCCAGUACCAGCACGACCAACGGCCCAAGCACCAGAGCCAACGGCACCUAUGAAGAUAGCACCAUGCCACUGCUGGACAGAGGGGAAAACAGGGACAUGAUUCCACUAAAUGACCUUGGCCCUGAAGCGUACUCUACACUGGACCAGAGGGAGAGGAGACACACUCUGGAUGAGACCACAGACACUUUACCGCGUGGGGUUUAUGGGGGCAGAAAGGGCUCCCUGCCCCUGUUGGACUCCUACGAUGGUUAGCCCUCCCCCCUCCCCUCUACCCCCCUCUGCAUGUAACAGCAUGAAAACUGAUAGUGUGCAUCACCCAGACAGGGCCGUCCCUGCCCUACCACUGCUACUGAGGAGAGAAGAUCCAGAUGCACGGACUCUCUCCCUCCUCCUCCUCUCCUUCCUCUCCCUCCCCCCUCUUUAUCUCUCUACCACCAGACAGAUGGGACCAGGUGAUGAGGGUUGGCAUCCAAAGAAAAGUGGUUGUGUUGCGGGCAAAAACACACACACACACACACAAACACACACACACACACACGUGCAGAUACAUACAAACCUACUUUUUACAAAUUCAUUGUAGCAACAGAAGUAUAUUCCGUUUUUAAAUUAUAAUUAUUCUGUAAAGGCAAUCACUUUUGUUGACAAUCAUUUAAUUCUGGUGUUGUCAUCCUGCUUGUUCUUUUCUUUUCUUUUUUUCUUUCCCUGCUAUUGUCAACAUUUUGGUAAAUUUUGUCAUAAUUGACACGUUGCUGCCAACACCUGCAUCCUAAUGUUGAAUUUGUACGUAGACUUCUAUGUAGGGUAUAUACUGUAUAUAUAAAAAGAGAAUGGGAUGACUGCAUUAGUUUUGGCUCAUUAAUUUAAAUCGUCCCUUUACUGGGAUUGUUGGGAGGUUUGGACGUGCCGGCAAACCGGUGGGACGUGGCCGCCCUGUAGAUUGAGAAUGUUGUUUAUAUAGGAUUUAUUUUCCUGUGUAGAAUUAUUUUCUCUUGGUUGGGAUGGGCACAGAAGUAGACGAGAAAGGGCAGGUGUGUGUAUAUUUGUCAUACAGUAAACCUGUGGCCGUGUGUGUGUGAGUGUAUGCUUUUGGAAAAUGAAUAUGGACCUUUUUUGAAUGAGUGUGUGUGUGUGUGUGCGCAUGCACGGACCAGACCCAGAAGACCACACGUUCAUUUCAUCCGUUCAUAUUGUCUGUUUUUAUCUUGUGCUCCCACUCCUGUGACAGAAGAAGAUUUUUUGUUAGUUUCUUUUUGUACCAGCUGCCUCUUUUUGUGUUUGAAACUUUAAUUUCCAACUUUUUCUCUCUCACGCUCUCCACAUGGAAUAAAAAUGGCAGUUUGCGCUGCUGUGUUUUUAACUUUGUCUGGCUUCAGCCGACCAGACCAGUACAACGUGUCAAACUUGGCAGUGGGAGGUGAAACUGGGAACAUACACUACUAAAAAAAACACUAAUUCACUCUGACAAACGGCUUCUGAAGGUGAAUAAACCCCUGUCUCUAAUGUUAAAGAUUCACACUAGACACAAUCUACACGACAAAUACGUCAGGAAGGACUGUCGAAUAAUUAUCUCCUUUUCAAUUCCCAUUUAUCGAAGAGAAAAAUCACUACUUUAUGUUAUUUUUACGAUGUAGCCACUCAUGUGCACAUUGACAUUUGUGCCAGCUGUUUUUACCAAAAAAAGACAAAAUUGGGAGGCUUCUUCACUCAGAGGAAACUCGAGUUUGGACAGACAGAUUGGGAGAGAUGCAUUUUAAUUAUGGAGUUGGACAGAAAGCACAUUUUGGUCAGUGAUCUACUUUUGUUUUUUUUCUCCUUUUUUCACUUUGUGUCUGGUUUUGUUUUUAUUUUAUAUCGGGGUUUGUAUGUGUGGGUGUGGUGGGUGAGAGCAAUAUGCAAUUUGUUCUAAAUUUUAGUCCGUUUUACCACCGUAUUGUUUUUAUGGCAAAAGAGACCAAUCAUCUUUGUGUCGUUUAUUCUUUCUUUUUCUUUUUUUUUACUCUCCACACACAUACUAUAUUUGUAAUGUUGCCUAUCCAUGUAAAAUUAUGAUGUACCAUUCAUACCUGCCUUGGCUCUGAGAAGUUGCUUUUUUCAGUAAAGUAUGUAACUGGUAAAACUGUUUUUAUAAAUAAAGAUCUUUUCUUAGACAA